GUUAUCGAUUUGAUGCCAGCACCAAGGGACCACUGAGUCGACGAAAAAAUAUACAAUUUACAAAUAUUCGUAGAAAAUUGCUUUAAAUGUACGAGUUUAAGUUUACGGAAAGCCAUUUCAUCGCUCGGCAACGCUCUUACAAUGCAGCGCUUCAAACAAAAUACGAGACUCCGGUUCCAGCUCCCGAAUGGGAUCGCAUUCCAACUGCAGACUUUGAUACUUUCGAUGGCUUGUCGAACUUGAAUGCGCCUCUGGACAAUCUAUCCCUGCAGGAGCGUCAUCGCACCAAGCUGACCAACCGUAAAAAAGUGUUGGCCUAUCAGCGUAGCCACCACCAGCGCCUCGCUGAACUUUUCGCCUCGCAGCAGGCUGCUGGCAAAUGUAAUACAUCCGAAGUCCCAUCGGAGGCACCUUUGUCCGUGUCCCAGGGUGUCUCUUGUGAUAGCGUAUAAGUGUCUCCACAUGGCACGAGGCUGCCGACAUUGAUUGAUGGUCGACAUGAG